AUGUCCGGCUCCCUCGCUUUGUCUGCUACAGCUGAAAAUGCCAAUAACAACACUGCGCCCGAGGAAACCGUACCCACCGCCGCCGCCGUCAAUGCGACAAAGACGCCAAACUUUCCUCCGCCCAAGACCGACAAGCCCCGUCCCCACGUUUGCGCGACUUGCACCCGAUCCUUCGCACGAUUGGAACACUUGAAGCGCCACGAGCGAUCUCACACCAAAGAGAAGCCGUUUGAGUGUCCCGAGUGUGCACGAUGCUUCGCUCGCCGCGAUCUGCUGCUUCGUCACCAGCAGAAGCUGCACCAGUCAUCGACCCCAUCUUCGAGGCCUCGCAACCGCCGCGAGUCGACCAGCGGCACUCCUGCCCAGAGCCGAGCCCGCAAGAACAGUGUGGCCAACGCUGCUGCUAAUGCGAAUGGCGGCGGUAACAACAACUCGGGCGCUUCCAUGAGGCCCAGGGCCAACACAAUAAGUCAUGUCGAUCAGACUGCGAUGCACAUGAUCAAUGCUGCCAAUUCGGCUGUGGCCCCUCCCCGCGUUCCUCAGCCGCAUCAUGGUCACAACCGCCACGCCAGCCUCAUUGGCCUGCCCAUCAAUGGGCACGGGUUCGAUCAGACAUUCGGAGGCAUGGCCGCUGCUAUGGGUCAAAGGGGCACGCCGCAUGGUCUGAAAAUUGAGACGGCUCACGGGAUGGGUGACUUCAACAACGGUGGCCUCCGCACAGCACCCGCGUUGGCACUCAACGAGUUCGACAUGGAUUCGUUCAUGUUUGGGGCCAUAUCGGCCAACACGGUCAACCCGAACGCGUUGCACUACAGCGACUCUCCGCCAUCCUUGGCAAUGGGUCCCAUGGCCGACUUUGGUGCUCCGAUGCCCGAGAUGUACCCGACACAGGGUGGCCCCGACGACGACUUCGCUUGGCUGGCAGGAUUCGAAAACACAAUGACGUUGCAAAAUGAAAAGGUAGUGGAUGAGUCGAGUCCAUCGGCAAUCAGUUCGACAAGUCAAAGUGGGUUGAGCGAUUUGAUGCUCGAUGGGUCAAGGUCGAACAACAACGGUGCUCUGGCGCAGGCAAACGAAGCGAACCACACGUGGAACCACGGAACGAUGGGCCCUCCUCAAUUCCCGCUGAAUCAGUUUUCGAUGGAUUGCAAUAACGUCUUCCCGGAUCUACUAUACGGGGCACCCAUGUCCCCUCAGCCAGCUACUCAAAAGACCACCAAUGACCCGUACUUGUCUACGCCUCCCCCGUCCAUGAGCUCGUUGAGCCCUUCUGGUGUGCCUGGUUUUACCACGCAAAACAUUAAUCAGACCCUAGGCUUCGGUCUCGAACCGGAGACCCCAUCCUCCUUCAGUGGUGGCAAUCACGGCGCAUCCCCCGUGACUACCAUCUCUGAUGCCACCCGGAACACCAUUGUGAACGCCCUGUCCCAGUGUCUUCCCUACAGCAGUCGUAAACUUUCCUUCAGCAGUUCACAUGGCCUGCCCCAGUCACCCGGUACCCAGUCUGGUCAAGCGAAUUCCGUGCCCAAUGUUCAGGACUUGCAACGCUAUGUUGGGGCCUAUCUCACCUACUUUCAUCCACACAUGCCCUUUAUACACAUACCCACACUUUCUUUUGAUCCAAAUUCGUCUCACCAUGGUGGUAUGAGCGGCAUAGGCGGCAGUGGCUGUCUCAUACUAUCCAUGGCCGCGAUCGGUGCCCUGUACGAGCGCGAGCUCAGUACGUCUCGCGAACUUUUCGAGAUGGCCAAGAAGAUGAUUUUCUACUACCUCGAGGAACGACGCAAGACUGAUGUCCGCAAAGCUGACGUGCGACGGAGCACGCUGGGUCCGGAGCUCGGCCACCACCACGAACAAGCGACCCACACGCCGGUAUGGCUGGUACAAGCUAUGCUGUUAAACGUUGUAUAUGGCCACAACUGUGGUGACAAGACUGCCGGAGACAUUGCGUCCACUCAUUGCGCAGCCUUGGUGAGCCUGGCGCAGGCUUCGGAUCUCAUGCGACCGGUCCGCGUGGGCCGGACUGAGCCGCAGUACAGCACCAUGGACGACGAUGGCAGCUGGAAGAGGAUGACCGAACAAGCGGAGCAACUCGAAUGGCUUCGAUGGAAGACAAUGGAGGAACGCAAAAGGACACUGUACGCUGUCUUCAUCAUGUCGAGCCUCUUGGUUUCCGCAUACAACCACACGCCAGCCUUGACGAAUUCCGAAGUCUUCUUGGAUUUACCUUCCGAUGAGGAGUUCUAUUCGGCCGAGUCGAGCACUGCUUUCGCUGCGAUGGGCGGCAUCAGCGCCGCGGACCACAACCGCAUGACUUUCCACGAUGCCCUUGGCGAACUGCUGCGUACCAACGAGCGACAGCACAUGCUGAGGCCUGCCAGUGGAUUUGGGCUUGCGUCCGAUACCGAGGAGCUGCCCAAGACAGACCUGACCCCAAGCACUUUCGGUUGCCUUAUACUAAUCAACGCCCUGCACAAUUAUAUCUGGGAGACUCGCCAGAGGCAUCACAACAAAAUCUGGACGAACGAGGAGACCGAAAAGAUGCAUCGUCAUAUCGAACCUGCGCUCAAGGCCUGGCAGGCCGCUUGGGCGAACAAUCCCAAGCAUCGUCUGGAGCGGCCGAACCCCUUUGGCUUGGGGCCGCUAUCUGCCGACUGCAUCCCGAUGCUGGACCUGGCUUACAUUCGGCUGUUUGUGAACAUGUCCAGAUCCAAGGAGAGAUUUUGGCAGCGCGACUACGAUGGAAUGGCCAUGGAGAUCUCAAAAGGCAUGGAAAUCACUGAAAACGCCGGCGUCGAUAAGUCGGAUGCGGCAUCUGAGGAUCUCAGCCCGACAGCCACCGGUCCUGGGGCGACGGAUGGCAUGGAAUCCAACAACUCUUCCACCAACCCGAGCCGACGCGAGAAGCACUUGCGCAAGGCUGCGUUCUUUGCCGCCGGCUCACUGUCCAUGUCCGACAAGCUCAACUUGACAUUUUCCGAGAAUCGGGAGCUGUCUCUCCAGUCCGCCAUGUGCGCCUUUGACUGCGCGCAAGUUCUUGCCGAGUGGGUUGCAUCUCUUCAAGAUCGAGUCGGAGGCUAUUUGGGCAUUCUUGGCCACGACGAAGUGGAUUUUGCGCAGAUGCCUGCGCUCAUGCUGCUCGAAGAAGAGGACAUCAAAUUGCUCAAGAAGGUCGAGGAGCUCCUGUCCUCUGUCGAGAUGAAGAUGAGUCUCGAGGCCGGGAACGGCACAAACGGACCGAACAUCACGGCCGACGGUCAUCACGGUUUCGCGGCCAAGAUCCUACGCGUUACCGCGUACACACUCAAUCGCUCAGCGGUGUGGCCUGUGACCAACCUGACUGCCCAGUGCCUCGAGACGCAGGCAGCGUAUGCGAAAGCGCGCGCAGAGCGAUCGGUUGUAAAUAUGUCGAUUUAA